AUGAUGAUGGACCUUUUUGAAACUGGCUCCUAUUUCCUCUACUUGGACGGGGAGAAUGGAGCCCUGCAGCAGCUGGAGAUGGCAGAGGGAUCCCCACUGUACCCAGGCAGCGAUGGCACCUUGUCCCCGUGUCAGGACCAAAUGCCGCUAGAGGCCGGCAGUGACAGCAGCGGAGAGGAGCAUGUGCUGGCACCCCCGGGACUACAACCCCCUCACUGCCCCGGCCAGUGCUUGAUCUGGGCUUGUAAAACUUGCAAGAGAAAGUCGGCCCCCACGGACAGACGGAAAGCAGCCACCCUGCGGGAGAGGAGGAGACUGAAGAAGAUCAACGAAGCCUUCGAGGCUCUGAAAAGGCGGACUGUGGCGAACCCCAACCAGAGGCUGCCCAAGGUGGAAAUCCUGAGGAGCGCCAUCAGCUACAUCGAGAGGCUGCAGGACCUCCUGCACAGGCUGGAUCAGCAGGAGAAAAUGCAGGAGAUCGGGGGGGACCCCUUCACCUUCAGUCCCAAGCAGGGAAAUAUCCCCACUUCAGACUUCCUGAGCACCUGCAGCUCCGACUGGCAGAGCGUUUCCGACCAUUCCCGAGCCCUAGGAGUCAGCCCCAAGGAAGGAGGCUCCAUCGUCGAGUCGUCGGCCUCCAGCAGCCUUCGCUGUCUCUCUUCCAUAGUGGACAGUAUUUCUUCCGACGAGCCGAAACUGCCCAGCGCAGAGGAAGUGGUAGAGAAAUAAAUCCGGUUGCUCUGGUAGUAUAUUUAACGGAGAUGGAGCCCCCACCCCCUUCCCUCUAAACUAAGUAAUGAAGCAAAUUAACACAGUGGAAAGCCCAGGCAGGGGCCUUGUUAAGGUCGAGUCAAGGUACACCUACCCCAAAGAAAAUGGCUCUCACUGACUCGAGCCAAACAGACUUCCCCCCUUUUUCUUUUCUCCUUUUUUUCCCCCCGAGUUUUGUUUUCUUUAAAUUGUGUUGCAUAGACCACCCGUCCUUUUCUUCUUCUUUUUUUUUUUUUUUUA